AUGCAUCUCAAUGCUCUAUGGAAGCUGUGCCUUCUUGGCCUUUCGCUCCCUGUAGCCCUAGGCCAUCCAGGUGAACACGAGGCUGAAGAUGAUGAAGUGACCAUCAUCCAUAAACGCAUGUUCAAGGAGAAUGCUCGUCGCGGUCUUGAUCAGUGCGCCAAACGCUUCGAGGAGAGCGGCUUUAAUGCUCGUGCUGAAACUCGUCGUCGCGCUCUGUAUGACCUUCAUCGCCGCAGCCUCGCCUCCCGGGACACGGACUCCGUCCUCGACACUUCCCACUUGGUGACCGACUCGAGCAUCACCGCUAGCACUGAUGCUGCCGAUCUGUUUACUUCCAGCUCCACCUGCGUCUUGAACCCGGAGGGUGAAGUCGGUCCAUUCUAUGUCCUAGGCGAGUUGGUCCGCUCGAACCUCGUCGAGGAUGAGGAAGGUGUGCCAGUCAUCCUGGAUGUCCAGUUCGUCGACGUGACGACCUGUGACCCUAUCGAGGACUUGUAUUUCGACAUCUGGAACUGCAACUCUACUGGUGUCUACUCUGGCGUUGUGUCGAAUGGCAACGGAAACUCAAAUGAUGAGUCGAAUAUCGACGCUACUUUCUUACGAGGUAUUCAGCCAUCUGAUAGUGAUGGGGUGGUGACAUUUAACACGUUGUUCCCGGGUCAUUACAGCGGUCGAACUACACACCACCAUGUCAUUGCGCAUCUUGAUGUGACUGUUCUGUCGAACGGUACCAUAACUGGUGGUACUGUUGCACACAUUGGACAGCUUUUCUGGGAUCAAGAUCUCAUAUAUGAGGUUGAGGCAGUAUCUCCAUACAGCACGAACACAGUUACUAUCACGACUAAUGCUGAUGACCGAGUUUUCGCAACGGAAACCGAAGAUACCACUUCUGAUCCGGUGUUUAACUAUGUUAAGCUAGGCGAUGAUCUCAGUGAUGGUCUCUUGGGCUAUAUUACCAUUGCUGUAGACACUUCUGCCACUUAUGACCCAACCUAUAGCUUUGUGUACACUGCUAAUGGAGGUGUUGCUGAAUCUGGUGGCUCAGAUGAAAUUGGCGGCGACGGUGGCUCUAGCAGUUCUCCUGGCGGCGGUGGUAGUGGCGGGGCUGGCGGUGGUCCAUCCCAGUAA